UACGGUUAUACAUCAGCCAUCCACUACCAUAUACAACUCAACCCUUGCCGGUCAUCGACAGGAAGGCCGACUACUCCUUCGUUUACCCUUUCGGAUGGCAGUACUGCUCCAUGAAUCCUCUGCUCUGCUCUGCUCCAUACGCAUGCAUACACUUGGUGACGAUGCUGAAUGAAUGGAUGUGUGUUGGGGGGUGCAGGAGUUGUCUGUGCAAGGGCAGGACAAGGUGUACAAGGACGUGAUCGAGCCGCUGGAGAGCGUCAGCAUCAACAUGAUCCCCACCACCAAGGAAGACAUCCGUGACCUCAGCCCGCCCGACCCCGCCACCCGCGAGUGGACCUCAAGACUACCAUGUACCACGCCGAUGACGUCCUUGACGACUUCCGCUAUGAGGUGCUGCGCCGCCGUGCAACCCAGAUCCACCGUCGUUGCUGCACUGCUCGCAAGCUAUGAAGAAGUAAAAGCAAAGGGGUCGGAGAAUUUCGACAGGGAGCUUGAGGACAUGAUAGACAGGCUCAUCAUGGAGUGCGAGCGGAAAAUCCAGGGGGUGCUCAAACGCCUCACCGACGAGGAUGCCAAGGCUGCUAUCGCAAUAUCUGUCUCCGAGGUCACUCAGUCUGAAGAGGUUGCGCAGUUGUCAAAAGAAAUCAAGGAGAAAAUGAAAGAAGCUGAUAUCUUCGAUUUUGAAGGUAUUGAAGCACAACCUUUGUACCAAACCUGCAAAAUGCUAGUAUAAGAUUCUUAGAUAAGGAGGGCUCCAGGCGCUCAAACAACUUCAACUACAAGCAGGUCCGCGGAUCCUCCUGUGUCCCCCUUUUCUCUGGUUUAUGAUUCCCAACAUUUCCUACCUCCCAUUGGCGAUGCCCGGCUCUGCUUGGGUUCCUGGGAAGUCGUGCCAAUUUGAUGUCAUGUGAUGCUGCUGAUAAGUCUGAAAUUUUGCCAGCCCAAAAUCUAGGCGUCCCAGUUUCGUUGUAGGUACGCUUUUGGUUGUUCCGAGAAAAUGCUCGCUUCUGGGUGUGAGACAAUGGUCUUGCGAUCUUAAUUUUUUGAUCCAGUCGAUUAGGGUCAGAUAUCAUGCCAUGUUGUGAUGUUUGCUUAUUAGGUCUGUGCAUUGAUCUGUUCUUGCUAGAUGUGCAACAACGAAUUAAGAGAUACGAUACUGAUUCCUUUCUUGUUCAAUGUAAAUUUAUUACAUAAACAUGUGGAGGGCACUAUAACUGUAGCAGAGUUGGUCAUAUGGUACUGAUUCCUUUCUUGUUCAAUGUAAAUUUAGUAUGAGGAGAGUUGGUGAUAAACACUUAUGACUUCAUGAAUAACUAAGCAACUGUUAUGCUGAAAAAACACUUCCUGCUGUAGAUUAUUAAUCCAUGAGUAUAUUACGACUCCAUAUACGGCAACCACAUGUCGCAAGAACACCUUGAGACUGCUAUUUGCUAAAUACCUGUUACUUUUGUUAUUCUUUAUUCUAUCUUGUUUUUGGUGAAUUUGGGAGAUCUGUAUCCAUUGUCCUCAACUAAGUCAUUGUAUUAGUUCUUAUUCGUGGUUAGCAUCCUUACUGUAUAUACCCAUGUGUAAACGUGUAAAUGUCAGUUGCCUAUUCAUCCUCAACUAAUCAUGUAUGUCUAUGUACGCCAGGUAAAGGUUUUCAAAUGUUGAAGGAGGACAAUAAGAACUUUUGUGAUGUCUUAUCAUCUAUUUUUUUCUUUGCUGUAGAAUAGUUUUGUUCGGCACUUAUUGGUUCCUUGGAUGUGAAGAUAUGUACUGCUAGAAUGAAUGGUUGUAAUAUUAGAAAUAUUAUAUUUUGGGCUAUGAUACCAUUCACAUUGCUUUGAAAAUGUAUCGGAACUGGGCUAGGCCCAAGAUAGCGUGUAGUGUGAUGUGUUGUAAUUUCAAUGGCAUAAUAAAUUUUUUGAA